AUGAAAUAUCAGCCCAACAACUCCUCUUCCUCUUCUUGCCCAGUACUACGAGAGUUAACCUUGUAUGAAUGUGACUGGAACAUCGAGAAAGUUACAAUGAAAAUUCCGACAUUAACAACCUUAAUCAUUGAAGAUGAUGGGCAUGGGUCUUCUGAUAAACCAUCACUCAUCUGUGAAGUCGCGAUUGAUUCUGUGGACCUCGCAUCUUUGAGUUGCAUUGAUUAUAAUCGGUGGGUAGAACUUGUCCCGAUUAACCUAACCUCAUUAGUUGAAGCUAGUAUCGAUAUUUGGGGACGUGGAUUCAUGAAAGAAACAGAUUGGAGCAGAAUGCCUCAUUGUUUGAAGUAUAGUCUCAAGUCAUUUAGCAUUUCAAAUUCUGAUGGAAGUUCAGUUGACAUGAAAUUGCUAAGCUUCUUAUUAAAGAACGCGACCUUUAUAGAGAGAAUCGAGAUAUUCUGUUUACAAAGCUUAUCGUCGGAUUUGAAAAGGCUGGCGGAAAUCCGAGAUCAGUUGGAAGAAAUGUGA